AAUUAUCUCCUCAAGUUAACGAACCACAAUUCAAAAGCCCCUCCAUUUCUGUAUCUAAAUUUGUGAAAUUACGAAAUGCCUUCGAUCCCUGAAGAGCCACUUCUCGCUUCAAACCCUGACCGGUUCUGUAUGUUUCCGAUUCAGUACCCGGAAAUAUGGGAGAUGUACAAGAAAGCCGAGGCCUCCUUUUGGACUGCCGAGGAGGUCGAUUUGUCUCCGGAUCUCCGUCACUGGGAAACCCUAACCUCCGACGAGAAACACUUUAUCACGCAUGUUCUCGCUUUCUUCGCUGCCUCCGAUGGUAUCGUUCUCGAAAACCUCGCUGGGCGAUUCAUGAAGGAGGUGCAAGUCGCUGAGGCGCGUGCCUUCUACGGCUUCCAAAUCGCCAUUGAGAAUAUCCACUCAGAAAUGUAUUCGCUCCUUCUCGAAACUUAUAUCAAAGACUCGGCUGAGAAGACUCGUUUGUUUCACGCGUUUGAAACGGUGCCUUGUGUGGCUAAAAAGGCCAAGUGGGCGUUAAAUUGGAUCGACGGUUCAGAGACUUUCGCCGAGAGAUUAGUUGCCUUUGCUUGUGUGGAAGGGAUCUUCUUCUCGGGAAGUUUUUGCUCGAUAUUUUGGCUAAAGAAACGCGGGUUAAUGCCGGGAUUAACUUUCUCAAACGAGUUAAUCUCGCGAGACGAGGGACUGCACUGCGACUUCGCGUGUUUGUUGUAUAGCCUGUUGAGGACGAAGUUAAGUGAGCAGCGGGUGAAGGCGAUUGUGAAGGAAGCUGUGGAUAUAGAGAGGGAGUUUGUGUGCGAUGCUCUGCCGUGCGCGCUUGUUGGGAUGAAUAGCGAGUUAAUGAGUCAAUACAUUGAGUUCGUUGCAGAUCGGUUGUUGGGUGCGCUUGGAUACGGAAAAAUCUAUGGUGUAGCAAAUCCGUUUGAUUGGAUGGAGCUUAUUUCGCUUCAAGGGAAAACUAAUUUCUUCGAGAAGAGAGUUGGGGAGUAUCAGAAGGCUUCGGUUAUGUCAAGUGUCAACGGCAAUGGUGCCAUCCACGUAUUCAAAAUGGAUGAAGAUUUUUAAAUCAGGGAGAAUGCUAAGCCUGUUUCUGUUCUCUUCUAAACCGUCUACAUGAAUCAAAUAAUGUCUCUUUAUGCCUCUACCUUAACUUAAACCAAGCAUUCGGUGAGUGUUACUACCAAGAAUUUCUCUAAAUAUUGCCUCUGCUUCAGUUAAUUCUGCUAUUUUCUGGGUAUUGAUUAUGAUUCUGCAUUAACUUGAAGCCAAUGUAAAAGGUUCCUCUCUUGAACUCAAUUUGUAAACUCAAUUUCAAAAUUAGAGCUUUACAAAACCCUAUUAUCUUGGGGAAGAUGGCAGCAUACUUUUCAAAUGGCGUUACUGUUACCAUUCCUACCGAUUUGGAUAAAGUCUCUCAUUUUCUUAUA